AUGGCAUAUGUGGUGCUUGGCGCAGACACGCUGAGAAUAAUGAAUGGUGUUGUUAUUGAUAUACGUACAGAGUCAUCGUCAAAAUACCAAGUCAAGCAAGGGAAACGCUUGGCUUUUACCUCCCAGAAACGGGAGAAUCCACCCGGUGAAGUGAUACGAUUACAGAGCAUGGAUUUGAUUUUCAGCACGUUUCCCUGCACUUUAAUAAUACCCGAAGCGUUGGCGCCUAUUACUACAUUACGAUGA